AUGGCGUCCCACCAGGGCAUGCGUGCUCAGAUCGAGGGGCACUGGCGCGAUUUCGACUCUCUCGCGGAAAUGCAGAGUAGAGGAAACGAAGCUAUCAUCCGGGCUAUCGACGUCUUCGAAGGCGCUCGCGGAGCCUUCAUCGCGGAGCAGGAAGCACGGGGGGCGGGGGCGGGAGCAGGAGCAGCACCAAGCAUGUUCGGCGCGCAUCAAUGGGAAGGGGGCUGGGCAUCGGGAGGAGGAGGAGGAGGAGGAGCAGGGGCAGCAGCCGAUGAUGGGGGGGCGGCGGCACGCCGUGCGUACGUGAGGGCGGAGGAAGGCUUGGCGCUGGCUCGAGAGCAGCUUGCUCGGAACGAGGAGACUCUGCAGCAGAUGGCGGAGGAGGUCGAGCGGGCGAGGGCUUGCAUAAAUUCGUUCUACAACACGGACGAUGUGGCGAGCCGAGAAGAGCGUCGAGAAGUGCGGUCGAGGGCAUCCCUGCAGGCGCUAGACCGCGGGGACUCCGGCUGCGCCAUGACGCCGGUGGAAAUGGCGAGGGCGAUGGCCGGGCUGUUGCGAAUGCACCAGAGCGAGUUGGAGAUGCAGGAAAGUAUUGUAUACGGUCUGGGUUACGAGACUUCCGCUGAAUCCAUCACGGGGUACCGGGAGGCGCUGGGGAUGCGACCCUACCUGGAUGACCAGUACCGAUCCCAGGCACAGGAGAUCCGAGAUUUGAGCCAGGAGCUUGAGCAAGCCGGGGGUCUGAUGUGAGAGGAAGAUGCAGCUUGUACUAUCACCAACAUGGUUGCGUAUUGUCUUCUUGUAACCCCCAGGUCGGGCUUGAGGAUGGCUAGAGUGGCGGGAGUGAGAAAGCGGUUGGGUCUUCGUCGUCCGCUUGUCACAGCAGCUGGCGGCGGCUGGGCGUGAUGCCGCCGCUCCUCCGUCGGCGUUCCAGACACUGCGGGAACCUCGGAUUCGGCCGGCGAACUUUCGCGCUUUAGGCUGGCGAAGCGUUCAGCGUUCAGGAAGCGGUUUCGACGUGGCGCCGGCGCCGGCGCGCUGCCGUUGCCGUUGCCGUUUCCGAUGCCGCCUACUCGGCCGUGGCUGUAACGGGAAUUAUCCUUGACGAUUACCUCCGCCAUUUCUGCCAGCUGUUGGAGCUGCGCGGUCGGUUCCGCCUCUUCUCUGCGAUAAGCGGCGCCGGAGGAGCUCCCAGUCGGGCGUGGUGGCACGGAAGAGGUGCCGUUGCCACGAGAACCGGCGACGUCAUCAUGACGACGGAAAGGCGUCGUCGUCGAAACCACGCGGGCGGGCGAGGCGCGGGCGGCAUCGGCGUCGACGCUUCCGCUACGGCACGUCGAUGUCGUCGCCUCCUCGUGCCGCGCCCGCUGCCACCCGUUGUCGACGCCGCCGCUACCGUCGGGCAAGCUUCUUGUCCGCACUGGUUCUUCUUCUUGCCGCCGCGAAGUGGCGACGGGACGUGGUGCAGCACCCGUUGGCUGAGGACCGGGGGGUUGUCGUCGGUCUCCGUGGUGCCCGCCCUGAGCCGGAGCUGUAGGCUCCACCGUCCGGCAUCUCGCAGCCGCGGCGCCCCCCCCCGUGCCUCCGGAAGUCUGGCCACGGCUAGGUGCAACGGCCGUCGGCGGCAGGACUGCGAAGGGUAGCGUCUCGCCGAAGAACGGGUGGGCCAGAGCCUGUGCCGGGGUCAGCCGCUCGUCGGGGUCGUAGCGAAGCAGCCCGCUGAUGAGGCUCAGGAGGCGCUUGUUCUUCUGCCCGGCGACGGCGGUCGUCGCGCUGGGGGGACGGCGGGGUUUCGGUCUGGCAAGGCGGGGGUGCUUGCUGUGUUGGCGAUGGCGAUGGUGGUGCUCGGACGCGCUAUUGGCGGCCGCCGCGGCAUGCCCCGCGGCAGCAGGGGCUUGUUGCGGUGGUGAUGGUGGCGGAGGCGUGCCGAUGAGCCGGGAAAUGCAGGCCUCCGAGCUUGAACACCCCGUGGACCCUGCGGGGGGGCCGAGCCCUCGACGCCCGGCGGCCGCUGCUGCAAGAGGUGCCGCCGACCCAUCGCCACGCAUGUCUGACAGACGACGACAACGUAGAGCGCAACAGCCGUCGCAGGAGCUGACGUCGGGGUUUUCUUCCGGUGAACGCCUGACUCUUAUCCAGCAGCAAGAGCAGCAGCCCAUCCUCAUGUGUUCGUCUCCGGAGUUGGCUGUGGGUAUUCCUGCCUGCCGCAUAAGCAGCGAAUAAUUAGGCGGGCAAGCAAGCGGGAACGCAAGCGGGAACGGGAUGAGGGCUUCUAUGUACACGCCUUAAACGGACAGCCAAACGAGGGAAGCUAUGGUAUCGUCUGUUGCGGCUUUUGAGGAUGGACCAUGGUACAUGCAUAUUAUUGUAUUCCUUGUAUGAAUUUCUCGCGCGUUCAAUCUGUGGCGCUCUGUGCAGCAAUUUCUGUGUGUAUCUGUAUAGCACACACACACCGCCCGUGCGUACGAUAUUGUCGGGCAUGUCUUAUGUUUUCGAUUCGUGUUUCACGCACAUUGGCAACAAAUAAGUAAAUUAAGUGGUCCCAACAAUGUGGCAUCAAGUAUUACAGUCGAUUUGAAUUUGGUACGAGGCCGGUCGCCCCGGUACUCUAGUUGGUCCCCUUGCGACCUUCUCGCGACCAGGGGCAGGGGUUCGAAUCCCGGCGUAAGCGGGCUUUCAUUUCAAAGCGAGGUUUCUCUAGCUCCCGUUCAUAUGGAGUUUUGGUGGGAAGCGCUGUAAGUUCGUGUGUGUACACUUUGAGGGAAGUGAGUGCUGCACUCUUCUCGCGAUAACCAUCGAAGGCGCAAGCACAGCAGGAAAUGGGCGGGUGCGUACGGGGCCUCACGGGGAGGAGAGCCCUAUCGUGUGAUCGCGGAUUGGAGCUCUUACCCGACAGAAAAGCCGUGAGCGCUGAGUGAUGAAAAUAUAACAAA